CUAGAUGAUCUUUUAUUAUAGAUCGAGAUCAAAUGCAUAUGCAUGAAUCAAUGAAUGGGAAUGUCGUUCUGGCUUGUAAGGCUGAGCUGGACGUGGGUGGGGAUGGUCAGAAGGGAAUGGCUUCCUCAUUGAAGUAGCUUUGGAGUGGAAUUUCUCUUUCUUUUUUUUGGCCGUGUCUCGCUCAUCGAGAUCGAUAUCGGCGACUUUCUUUUCGUCCAUACAUCCAUACAUCCAUACAUCCAUACAUCCAUACGUCCAUACCUGCCUAGUUCAUACAUGCGCGACGCCUUCGCCUCGGACUACCACCGCGCGGUUUGGAUCGGGGCCUGCGCGUUUCAACCUACAAGUAGUGCUUUCGCCUCUCGCUCGCUCUCUUCUUCCUCCCUCGCCACGUCCGUGGUUCUCUCUACCUCCUCCUCCUUCGUCCUCUUACAUCUCAAUCACGGCACGAGUCUUCUAUCAUGGCUACUACUACCACCACUACCGCUACCGCCACCGCCGUCCCUCCCGCUCUCCUCACAGCCAUCGACUCCAACAACCACAUCCACCUCGUAAUCGGCUCCAAUGCUCUCGCCGCUGCACGAGUCUCCCGCUCCCUCGAAGUCGGCGCCACGCCCAUCCUCAUCGCUCCGACCACCUCUGCCCUCCCACAUGUCCUCACCCGCCGGAUCGAGGAGAAGCAGAUCCAAUGGCUACAGCGGGGUUUCUCCGAACAAGACCUGACCACCCUCGGCCGCCCCGAGGUCGACCACAUCGUCGACGCGGUCUUCAUCACAUCUCCCGGCGCCACCGCCGCGAAUAGCGCCCUCGCCGCUCGAUGUCGGCGACUCAGGAUCCCCGUCAACGUCGUCGAUGCCCCGCUGCUCUGCACCUUCACCCUCCUCUCCACGCAUUCCGCCGGCCCUCUCCAGAUCGGCGUGACCACUUCCGGACGAGGCUGUAAACUGGCCUCGCGCAUUCGGAGGGAGAUCGCCGCUGCUCUACCGCCGGAUCUGGGAGAGGCGGUGGAUCGUCUUGGGACGAUGAGGCGGAAGAUCUGGGAGCAGGAUCGGGAGGAUCAGGCAAGAGCGGGAGAGCAGAGCGAGGCAGCGGAAUCAGAAACCGCACCAACGAUCCCGGUGGAAUACGACGCGGAGGACGACGACGCGGGUCAGACGGCCGCGUUCAAUAAACUCAUCCUCCCGACCGAUGCCGACGCCGCCAAGGCACGGCGGAUGCGCUGGCUCGCGCAGAUCUGCGAAUACUGGCCUCUGCAACGUCUCGCGGCCAUCACCGACGACGACGUCACCACCAUCCUCGAAGCUUACCAACAAGAUCCCCGCUCUCCCGUCACAACCACCACCGCCACCACCACCCCUGGGGUAUCCCUCCCCGCCCCUCGCCCCCGCCAAGGCCGCAUCAUCCUCGCCGGUUCCGGCCCCGGCCACCCCGACCUCCUGACCACCGCCACCCUGAAAGCCCUCCGCAGCGCCGACCUCAUCCUCGCGGACAAACUCGUGCCCGCGGGCGUCCUGGCCCUCGCGCCGCGCCGCACCCCGCUGCACAUCGCGCGGAAAUUCCCGGGCAACGCCGACGCCGCGCAGGACGAGCUGCACAGCCUGGCGCUCGCCGCCCUGCAACAGGGCCGGUCCGUGCUCCGCCUCAAGCAAGGCGACCCCUACCUCUACGGCCGCGGCGCCGAGGAAGUCGCCUUCUUCCGCACCCACGGCUAUGAGCCGCUCGUUCUGCCCGGCGUCACUUCCGCGCUCAGCGCCCCGCUCUUCGCCGCCAUCCCGGCCACGCAUCGCGCCGUCGCCGACCAGCUGCUGAUCUGCACGGGCACGGGGCGACACGGCGCGAAGCCCGUCCGGCCGGAAUGGCGGGAGAGCCAGACGGUGGUGUUCCUGAUGGCGCUGCACCGCCUGGCCGAUCUGGUGGAGAGUCUCACCACGAGGAGGCACCCCGGCCCGACGUAUCCCCUCGACACCCCCUGCGCCGUCAUCGAGCGCGCCUCCUGCCCCGAUCAGCGCGUCAUCCGCACGACGCUGCGCUUCGUCGUCGCGGCCGUGGAGACCGAGGGCUCGAGACCGCCCGGCCUGUUAGUCGUCGGGAGGGCCUGCGAGGUGCAGCCCAGGUGGAUCGUGGAAGACGGCUGGCGCGGCCUGGACGGCCUGGAAUCCUUCGGCGGAGGCGCACACUCCUCCGCUACCAAUCCGAGCACCACCACCACCACCACCAACAACAACAUCCUCAUCAAAACGACCACCGUCACGCUCCGCUCGUCCUCGGCCGCUCGGGCCUCUCCUCCCUCCGCGAAAUGCUGCUGA